GUAACAUUUGGAGUAGCAGUCGUGGGGCAUAUAGAUCUGGUGUGGACUGUCUUUUCCUGAGACUGUAAACACUUGUGCAGAAUGUCCGAGAGCAAGAAAAAAGGGAAAGGAAAAAGCAAAAAGAACAAAGAAGGGAAAAAAGGGGAAAGAGAACCUGACCCAGGAAAAGCUGUUCCUCCCAAACUGAAGAAACUGAAAAGCCCAAACGUUCAUGUGGGUGAGAAGAUUUCCCUGAAAUGUGAGGCGACUGCUGGAAACCCUCAGCCAUCCUACAAAUGGUUUAAAGAUGGGAAGGAGCUGAAGAAGAGCAAAGACAUCCGGAUCAAGUAUGGGAAUGGGAAAAAGAUUUCCAGACUGCAGUUCAACAAGGUGAAGCUUGAAGAUGCUGGGGAGUACAGCUGCGAGGCCGAGAACGUUUUAGGGAAAGACACCGCAAAAGGCAGCCUGAAUGUGAAAAGUGGAACAACGAAAGCACCACAAGUCUUACCAGCCACAGAAACUAAAAUAGUUGUUAUGGAAGAAGAUUUAACCACAACUCUCUCCUCCUGGUCCGGGCAUGCCAGAAAAUGCAACGAAACAGCCAAGUCCUAUUGUGUCAAUGGAGGGGUGUGCUACUACAUCGAGGGCAUUAAUCAGCUGUCGUGCAAAUGUCCAAAUGGAUUCUUCGGACAGAGAUGUUUGGAGAAACUGCCUUUGCGAUUGUACAUGCCAGAUCCUAAGCAAAAAGCAGAGGAGCUCUACCAGAAGAGGGUUUUAACCAUCACGGGAAUCUGUGUUGCCUUGCUUGUGGUGGGCAUCGUCUGUGUGGUAGCUUACUGUAAAACCAAGAAACAAAGGAAACAAAUGCAUAACCACUUGCGGCAGAACAUGUGUCCUGCUCAUCAAAACCGGAGCCUUGCGAAUGGGCCAAGCCAUCCUCGUUUGGAUCCUGAGGAAAUCCAAAUGGCUGAUUAUAUUUCUAAGAAUGUUUCUGCCACUGAGCACGUGAUCCGAAGGGAAACAGAGACAACCUUUUCGGGAAGUCACUCCUGCUCCCCGUCCCAUCACUGCUCCACAGCCACUCCAACCUCCAGCCAGAGACAUGAAAGCCACACCUGGAGCUUGGAGCGAACAGAGAGCCUGACUUCAGAUUCCCAGUCUGGGAUAAUGCUGUCCUCGGUGGGAACCAGUAAAUGCAACAGCCCUGCGUGCGUGGAGGCGCGGGCUCGGCGCGGGGCCACCUUCUGCAUCGAGGAGCAGCGGCGGCCCACGACGCAGUACCGCGACUCCGUGGAUUCCCUGCGCGACUCGCCCCACAGCGAGAGGUACGUGUCGGCCCUGACCACACCAGCACGCCUGUCGCCCGUUGACUUCCACUACUCGAUGACCACGCAGGUGCCCACCUUCGAGAUCACGUCCCCCAACUCGGCGCACGCCGUGUCCCUGCCGCCGGCAGCCCCCAUCAGCUUCCGCGUGGAGGAGCAGCAGCCCCUCCUGCGGCGGUACCAGCUCCCCUUCCAGGACACGCAGAGGUACGACAGCUACUACCAAAGGAAGACCUACCUAAAUGACAGCAUGGGGAGCCUGCCCUCCAGCCCCUUCCGCAUCACAGAGGACGACGAGUACGAGACGACGCAGGAGUACGUCACAGCGCUAGAGCAGCCAAAGAAAACAGCCAGCAGCAACAGGCGGUGGAAAAAAUCCAAACUGAACGGGCACAUCCCUCACAGAGCCAGAGCCGUCCGGGACUCCUUCUCCUUGAGCAGCGCCUCUUACAGCGAGUCUGACGAGGAGCUGGUGGCCGAGAGCACGCCGUUCCUAAGCACUCAGAACAAUGAGGCGACGCACGCGGAGUCGCCGCCGCUGCACCGGCCGGGCGACAGCCGGACUCACUACUCGUGCCGCGGGCACAGCGCGCACGGCGACGGCGGCCGCGGCAGCCUGGCGCACGUGGCGCCCAAAGCGGACCCCGACCCUCUCUAGGCACCUCCCACGCUCCUGCAUGGGCGACCCGCGUGGAGGAGGCCGAGAGGAGGGAGGCCGAGGGCGAGACAAAACCACACAAACCGCAGAACGAGACAGAACAAAAAAAUAAAAAUAUUUUUAUUUUAUAUAAAAGAGGGAAAAACAAAAAAUAUAACAAAUAAAAAUGUUUUAUUUUCAUUUUAGCAAAGUUGUCUUAUAAUAGCUAACGACAAUGACUUUUUUAUAGGGAAUCUCUAUUUAUAUGUAAUGUCUUGAUUUACAGCUUCCGAGAAAAAAAAAGUAAAAAAAAAAAAAAAAAAAGAAGAAGAAAAGAAAACAAACAAUAAAGUUAAAAAAAAAGUGGGCCAAUUUUUGACUACUUAAAAAUAGAAAACAAAACUAUCGUGGUGCCUUUUGCUGUAUGCUAGUGCUGGGAUUCAUGCCGAGGAUUCUGUUUCAGUAGCAUUUUUAAGGUCAUAGAUUUUUGUUUGGGAGACAACCUGUCACAAGGGCGCUCUUCUGUUGGAAGAAAACAGCCUUGCCACUUUGCCCCGUACCCUGCUAUUAAUGAUCCUAUUCUUUAAAGUAUUGUUUAAACACACAUUAAGGACAUGAGUGGGAGCAUUUCCAUUAUCAUGUCGAACGAGGAUCUGUCUUGCCCUGUAAACUACUUGUAUUUUUGCUUAAAUCAGGAGAAAAAGAACCCAACAGCACUGUGCUGAAAUGCAGAAAUAACGUUUCUUUUGCCACACAGGUAGGAAGAGAAAACGAAAUCGCGCAGCAGCAGCAGCCCUUACAAUCUAGCUCUCAACCUUUGGCCAUCUCACCGGUGGGUCUGGAGUGGGGUUGGCACAGAUCUGUAGUGAAGCCAGGCAGACAGCCCUGUGCCCAUGGUGGAUCACACCUGUCACGUCCCCUUGAAUCCGGGUGGCUGAGCCAGCCCCGUUCAGCCGCGGUGCCCGUGGCCGCCCCGGAGCCGUGCUGGCCGCGGCGUCCCUCGGCUGAGCGGUGCAGCCGUGGCUGGAGCUGUGGUGUCCUGGGUGACACCCUUGGCCAGGCUGCCGGGGGACACCCACAGGGUGGUCCCGUGGCACAGACGGCCGCGUGUCACCCUGGACACGGUGCCAGGCCAUGUGCCCAGGGGUCAGCAGGACCCCGAGCGCUCUGGGCUCCGCUUGUCGCCGCUGCCGUGGCCGGGCAGGGCCCUGCUGGGGGACCCAGCGAGCGGAUUGUCCCCACGGCCGUGCCAAGUGCUGUAAGGACAGUUGGUACCGUCACCUCCUGCCAUCGGUGACGGACGUCGCGUCCCCAAACCCGGAGCAGCUCUGGCCGUCGGCUCUGUGGCGCAAAGAGACAGUCCUGCGUGUCCCGGCGGCAGAGCAUCCCCCGUGGAAGUGCCCCCCUCUCCUCAGUUCUCUGCAGCAAACCUGUUUACAUUGUAGCCUGACUUUUUUCUUUUUAUAUUUUUACUUCUGCAUGUCCUUUGCAUUUCAGAUACUGUAGAUUGGAUGCAUGGUGAAGCUGUGACUGAGAAGAUAAUACAACAAUUGACAGUGUAUUAUUUCAUUUAACUUUUAGCAAUAAAGUAACUAAACCCUCUAUUCCUCACCCGUGAUGGGGUCAGAUAGAAAACUCUGCUAAUUUGUCAUAAGAUGAUUGUCAAAGUUUGCUCUGGAUUGUCUGAAUGUCAGAACUCUUGACUGUUUAACACUUGAACAUUUUUUAUAUUAUAAAUAAAAUAAGAAA